AUGGCCCCCACCCACGACCCAACCCCCCACGACCGCAUCCGCAACCUCACCCGCCUCCUCGCGCAAACCCUCCACCCGACCUUCGCACCCGACUGGCUCUUCGCAAUGGAAAUCUACCACCAAGCGCACAGCCUCAAAAUGCGCUGGCGCGACGCCUGUCUCGAAGCCCAAUACCACCGGCCGGCGGAAGCGGCGCCCCACGAUGCCGGGGAUUUCUGGGCCAAGCUGUCGGGGAUGCUGGCGAUGGCGAAGCUGGCGGCGAUCCAGACGACGGUGCAGCGAGAGAAGUGGAUGGGGAUGACGGUUAGGGAGUUGAGGGAGUUGUUUGGACGGAGGGGGGAGGAGGCGGGGAGGGAGGGGAGGUGGAUUGCUGCUGUGGCUAGGAGGAGGGAGGACAGGUUGGAGGUUGAGAGAGCUGAUCGGAAGGAGAGGAAGAGGAAGGGGGAGCGAGAGCGGGAGGGCGGAAGUGGUGUCGGUAGAGGGGAGAAGGUACGGUUUGAGGAGCCGAAAAAGGUCGAGAGGAGUGGUAAGGAGAAGGUGGUGGAGCAGCGUGAGAAGGUGGAGAAGAGUGAUAAAGAGAAGAACAAGAAGAAAGCCUUGGAAGAACCUCCCCGUACGUUGAGAAGGAGCAGCGGAGACGUGGGGAGGAGCAAGCAGAGCCUUGUCAAAGAACCUACCGCUCCCCUACAGACCCACGCGGUGGACCCGAAGCUUCUUUCUGGGCCUCUGCAGGAGCCCGAUAAUCGAUCCGAAGAGCUGCUGGCCCAAGAAAUGUUGCGCCGUGACGAAAGAGACAGUCCCGAGUGGUACGAACAGUUCUCUCAAACUCUCUCACAUAGGCUGCUGGGCGGGCAGACGAUGAUUCCUCGCUCGCCAGACCAAGAUACUGUACUGACGAGUGUGCUGACAGCCGACUACAUCAGCAAGAGGCUCGCGGCGGCUAGCCGGGGAGAGGGAAGCACUGUGCGAGUGCACCCGGGACCGAAGAAGAAGGUCGACGUGGUUCAGAUGUCCAGCACGGGCCAUCCCAGUGGGCUACCGGCGCACAUGAAGUCGAAGAAGGCUACUCCAGGUGAGUGGACUGAAACUGCCCGAAACGAAAGCCCACCUGCGCACGAAGAUAGUACCGAGUCUGAAGAUGAGCCCUCACCCUACCAUGUCAGCGAUGAGCUCCAAGAGUGGCUUGCGUUGGUGGUGGAGCAGACACGGGACGAUGUGGCACAGCCAGAGGAGGACACGGCUGAAUUCGCGAGUCAGCUGGCCGCCGGAGUGGCAAGAGGUAGAUUCGAGCGUCCAGAGCUCUACCAAGCGUGGCAAGCAGAUGGCAGGCUCCGGCUGUCACGACAGGAGGAUGCGGCUUCCACUGGUAACGACAGCGAAGGGUCUGUUGAGCUCCUGCAACCGAGUCCAAGAGUGUUGCAGCUGCAGGAAGAGCAUGAGCGGGCGCAGGAACUUGCGCGCGAGCGUGAACUCGAGCGCGAAAGGGAGUGGGAGCUGGAGUAUGAACGCCUGUUAGUGCCAGAGACUGAGCAUCAGCAGAUUCCCAGCAUCAACGUCGAACCUCCGCAAUUCGGCCUUAGUAUAAACAGCAACAUCCAGCCAGCAGCUUUAGUCGAAGACAUGGAGCUCAAUCCGGGGCGGAGGAUCCAGACGCCGUUCAUGGAGCGGGUGAUGCAAGACAAUGCUGGUAUCCCAGCAUUCGCUGAGGCCAUUUCGAGGUGGUCGGCACCGAUUGGUUCGCUGUCGCUGGGAACGAUGGCGCGGGUAGAGCAUCCUGUCAGGAACUUGACUCCUAGAACCGCGUCUUCGGAGACUCUGCGUGAGGAGGAGGGAGAAGGAGGGGAGGAGGGAGAGGAGCGAGAGGACGACGAAGAGGGUGAUGAAGGGUAG